AGAUAAAUCAAACAUGGCCAAAACAUCAUUGCGAUACAGAUCACCACGCGCCAUAUGUAACCGACUUCAUCACGCACAUGCUUUCGUGUUUGGUUUUCUAUCGCUGGUGUUUAGUGUUUGUAAGCUUUGGUUUAAAUAAAGCAAUGAACAAUAUAAAACAGUGCCUAUUGGACAGCAUAUCGCUUACGCGACGAUAUACCAUGCAUUCAUCUAUCGUACUGUUGGCUACCGUUGGCAUUGGCUGUUUCUUUCUCGAUCCGAGUGCAGGACUCAUGAAGGUGAUAGUGGAUUUUGACCGGUGGGAACACGUCAACGGUUCGGACAUUUUCAAUGUGGAAAAGCUACGCGUACGCAAGUUUAACCGAACACUGUCGGUACUGAACGGAACGGGAGAGCUGCUGAUUGAUCUGAGCGACAAAUAUGAGUACGGUCUUAGUUUCGCUCGUAGCGCCCAGGGAAAUAACCAGUACGAUGCGUACCCGAUGAAGCUUGCAUCAAAACCAUUUUGCGAGUUUAUCAAAACGCAUUACCAUGAAUACCAGCAUCUAUUUUUGAACUUUACCAAUCUGCCGUACGUAUCAAGCGAGGGUAUGUGCCCAUUUCCGAAGGGUGAGUACUGGGUGAAGGAUGCGCAUAUAGACUCGUCCGUCAUACCGAUCGUCGUACCGGAAGGGUUUUGGCGAGUAACGACCGAGCUGCGGAUAAUCGACACAGGCGAGAUUGCUGCGCGCGGUCAUAUGUAUGUGAAGCUGACGAAGGAGUAUGUUUGAGCCAACGGGAAGUAUGGAUGUUUGCAGAGAAAAAUAAAAACAACACUGUUUUCUAUUCCGAAGACAUUAUUGUUGUGUAUUCAAACGUUGAAGAACUCGCGAAUGAGUUAGGAAAGAAAUACAGUUUUGGUUAGCAUUUUCCAAAAAAUUGCAAGCAUUUUCC